CCAACCUGAGUAGAGACAGAGAAGCUUUAACCCAGGCACCUAGCAUGGAAAACGUCCGUACUGUAGGCCUAGCAGCAUGACAAACCGCCUGCAUAAUGCGGCAGAGCCGGUGGAGUUGCCGUCUUGCAAGACAGACGCGAUUUGUGGCCACAAAUCAGCAACACAAGAAAUUUUCGAAAACCUACCGCGUCAAUAUGGGGAGGGGGGAUUUUUCCUCACGAUAGCCGCUGUUUUACAGCUAAAGAGACUUUUAUCGAAAAAAGUAGUGGAGUCUCAACACUCCAUCAGCACGUAAAACUCCGGUUUAUUUCAAAUCAUGUUGAACAACAUCUCAUUACAAUGCAGACCUGGCACUUACUCGUAUUCGAUUUCGACGACUUUAAUAUUACAAUUCAACGUACAAAGCACCAAGCUCAGCUGUCAAAUUAAACUUGAAUACACUAAUACACCAAAGAAGCUGCGCUUCUCGAGCAGAGGACGUAUCCAAUUUAUUAUAGGCUGUUGUAAAAUUAAACAUUAAUGUACAAAAAUAAGAAGUGACCCCGAGCAAUAAUUUUCCCCUACCUCGUCCUCCUCCGUUUGCGUAAACGAGCACAGCAAUGCAUCUAGCAAAGAACCAGACCGCUAACAGUAUAGCAGAUGACAGAUACCAACUUCAGCCCCCGCGUUUCGGGCGCUAGUGCCGUCCGAUGUGAGACUACAGAUGAACAAGAGAUAUUUACUUAUUCAAGUACUGUACAAACGAGACUGUAUUCAAGGUCGUAGAAAUACAAAUAUUGUUUUACUGUAUACUAAGAACACCGAGAAAACUACAAAAACUGAAAACACUGUUGAGAAAAACGCUGAAAAUAACGCACUGCAUGCGUACGAGCACCGUUAAGACCUGCCACUAGAAUCGUGAAGGCUCUCUGCCACUAGAAUCGCACCGAAAUCUCAAGCACCGUUCCAUCUCAUGGUGUGUAACAAUUGGG